CUGGUUUCAUUAGCCGCACAAGCUCGCUCUCCUCCACUGUCACUGUGAAAGCGGUUAGCUAGAAAAUACUGCUGCCGAAUUUGAAACAUAUGUUGUCAAUCAAUCAAUUUAUCUAUCACGACCUGUCAUGAGUGUUUUGUGUCGCAUAAUUCAGAGAGGACUUCUCAACGGACGGACAUCAUGUCGGUUUGCAACGGGACAGCGAGACAUCUUUGGUGGCGUGCCUCUGAUGUCUCGUUCAGUUGCUUCCAACUGCCCUGUCAACCUGACCUAUGACGUGUUUGACGGGAAAGGAGAGAACACGCCUCUUGUGUUCCUACACGGUCUGUUUGGCAGCAAAUCUAACUUCCACUCAAUUGCCAAAUCCCUUGUGCAACGGACAGGCAGGAAGGUGCUGACAGUGGAUGCCCGUAACCAUGGUACCAGCACGCACAACCCAGAGUUGACCUACGAGGCAAUGACUAGUGACCUGAAACACCUGCUUGCCCAGCUGCACAUUGGGAAGUGUGUCCUAAUUGGACACAGCAUGGGAGGCAAGGUAGCCAUGACGACCGCUCUGUCGCAGCCCAGUCUAGUGGAGAGGUUGGUGGUGGUGGACAUCAGCCCAGCUCAGACCACCACACGCACCAACUUCCGCUCCUACAUUCAAGCCAUGAAGGAUGUGAAGAUCUCCAGUGACAUCCCUCGCUCCACUGCAAGACGUAUGGCUGAGGACCAGCUUCGCAAACUGGUCAAGGAGCACUCAGUGCGUCAGUUCUUGUUGACCAAUCUAGUGGAGCAGAAUGGUCAAUAUGCAUGGAGGGUCAACUUGGAUGCCAUCUCGGCGCACCUUGAUGACAUCAUGAGCUUUCCGGACUUUCCUAACACCUACGAGGGUCCCACUCUUUUUUUGGGUGGAGCCAGCUCUGCUUACAUCAGCUCCGAUGACUACCCAGAGAUCCAAAGGUUGUUCCCUUGUGCAGAUAUACAGUACAUCCCUGAUGCAAGCCACUGGAUCCAUGCUGACAAACCUCUAGACUUCAUUAGUUCCAUCAUAUCCUUCCUGCAGUCCUAGCUCCUAUUACGGAACCCCUCAGCUACGCUCGACCACAGCAAACAGACAGUCAGGGGGUGUGGCAUCACCAACAAGAGACAGAGAGUGCUAAAUGCUAAUCCAGGACCAACCUCACCCUGUCAGUGCAGUUAGUCCUCCUUGCAUUCUUAUUAAUACUCUCAAGGAUACAGUGUACAAAUGUCUGUUAAUGCACUUACUAAUUGCAUUUUAGUUAGAUAGGUACAUAGUUUAGGUAGAUAGAUUAGGUAGAUUUUGGUAUUUAUAUGGAUGGAAUAGAUGGUCAGAAACAUUUUACGUAGAUAAGUUGAUAGAUGCCUAGAGUUGCAGUUUUAGGAUAAGGGAAAUAUUUUGGGCUAUUUACUAAUCCAAAGAGCCUCCCAUUGUUGCACAAUAGCGUACUGUAUCUCAAAUCAAUUCAUAUCAGCACAGAAGAAUGGCUUUUGGUCAAUUCUAAUGUAGGUAUUCUUGGUCCAGCUGUUCUGUCUGAGCUCCUUUCAGGUAUGAGUGAUAAGGGAUGUUGGCAGUAGAUGGGGGGAAAAAGAACAUUCCUAAACCAUACUACUGGAUAAUAGCACAGUGCUUAGGGAGGAGUCAGAUGGGCAUCAAGUAAAGCAGCACUGGGUCUGUGAUGGAAAGAUUCAGCAACGCCUCCAUCUCUCCAGACACCAUUGUUCAUAGAGUAACCCAUUUAUUUUAUUAUGAUGUUGUUUGGAAGCACUUUUAGUCUUCGGCCUGGAAUUCAUCACAGUAUUUUUUCUCACCUACUUAAAAAAAAAAAAAAUCGCCCUCAACUUUGUGUUUUGCAGAUGUGCUUGCACUUUUACAAUGUGAUGUCAACAAGAUGGCUAGCUAACUUUUUCUGCUAACACAAAUUAAGGCUAAGUUUACAGAUACUGUAUUCAGUAGAUGUCUUAAACAUCCCAGGUUACAAUACUCAAUACUCUGGCUAUACUGUACACUACACUUUAAUCUCAAGCAGCCAUUGUAGUUGUAACUGUAUAGUCUUUGUUGUUUGCAAUCUAAUCUGUGUUUUAGUGCGACAUUAUUUUGUAAUACUUAGAGCGAUAACUCUUAAUAUAACAUAAAAAGUUAUAUACUUUAUGAAUAUUCAUCAAAAGAUGUGCUGCAAAAAAUAUAUAAUGUAUCUAACAAUAUUUUUUAAUGUUGUCUGUUUUCAUCUCCUGUGUUCCUCUGUGAAAUGUGUGGGAAAAGUACAGU